AUGAGUUACGAAGAUAAAACAUUUUUAUCAAAGUUGAAAGAGAAUUAUAAUCAGAAAUUCGGAAAUUUUGCCUUAACUUCUACUAUACAGAAAGUAUCGAACUAUGUUGAUAAAGAUGGGAAUUCAGAAACUGAUACAUUAAUACAUAAUUCGUUUGUUAAAUAUUUCGAAUCAAAAGGUCAACCAUAUCCAGAAUGGUUAGGUAUACCUAAUAGAAACCCCGCUAGAAUGAAUAAUACUACUCAAAAUACAAACACUUUCAAAAAUUCCCAAUACCAACCAGUAUAUUCCAGUUAUAACAGUCCUCAGCCUCAACAACAGCCUCAGCAGCCUCAAUCUCAACCACCUCAACAAGGACAAAUGUUUGAUCCAAGAGAUUCCCAAGGUACCUACAAACCAAGAUCCAGUAGAUUACAAGAUAUGCAUAAUAAAUCAAGACAACAACAUAUACCCGCAGCAGGUUACAAUACUGUUAAUACUGCACAACGAUCAAAUAGUAGAACAUCUGGAAGUAGAUUAAGAGAACGAAUGAUGAACAGUAAUAGUAUGACAGGUAUGAGUAAUCUCAUUAAUGACCAAAAUGGUGGUAGACGUUAA